AUGCGCGUGCAACUUUCACCGGUUGUUCCUGCUGUGUUUCGUGGGCGUCCGCCUGUGAUGCCAUCCCCUGUUGUUGCCCCUGCUUCCGUGCGUGCCUCGCAUGGGGGGGCCCUGGCGCCGUCGUGGCUGCGGAUACAUGUGGUCGUGCUAACUCAUCCCUUGAACGUACCGCGGAUUCCCAUUCAGGAGCGUUCCUACCGUCUUGAGUAUGGAAACGUGAGCGUCGCGUUAGGUGCUAGACUCAACUCAGUCUGUUCCUUGCGUCCCCACGAUUGGCCCAAUAACACCCUGUCCCAGUUGACAAGUGGAAAGUCACCUCUGAGUCCUCUCCCCUCCCUAGGGCCCCAAAUUCCAGCCCGGGGCGACUCAAGUGCAUUGCUUCUUUCCCUCUUUCGUCUCCUCGUUCAUCCUCUUUCGCUUGCCUCCCCCGGCCGUUUUGGCACCUGCUCAUCACCUCCCCCUCGUAUCCGAUUCUGGGGGGAAACAGAGAUCGCUUCCAUUCUUUCUUUCCCGCUUCUCGUCUCGCUUCCUCUCGACCUUUUCUCUUUUUCCCCCCCUUCCCUCCUAGGCUUCCCCCUCCCCUCCUCGUACCUCUUGCUACUUACCUUACUGAGCACCAAGCACCGGCCGGCCAGUUUGAAUAAACCUCAGGCUACCUCAGGUUGUCUCUCGAUACCCUCGAAUCCUCUUCUUUUUCUUCCAACACUCUUUUCGUCUUUCGACCUUUCCCACUUGGCUGCUGCGCCUUCUUUGUUAUCCGCCAGACCGCAGUGCCUAAAACGGACGCCCGCCUCCCGCUACCUUAGAAAGGCCCCUACGACGACAUCCUUCCCAAAAUAUUCGACCUCAGAUUCCAUUUCUGCUUCUUCUUUCGCCCAUCUUCGACCCGCAUCGAAACUUUCUCCCGUUUUCGAGCGUCUAACCAAUCCUGACCUCAUUCCGGCCAUCGACCUGUUAUUCGACCUCUAUGAUUCCAACCACCGACCACUUCUUAGGCUCGCCCGACCGUUCAUUCUAUCUGUUGUCGAUUUCCCCAACGCAUACGAGACCUGUAAAACAGCUGCAUCGCAUUGCAUGGGAACUUAA